GAUGUCUUUCUUGCCCUUCAAAUAACACCCAAGCAGUAAACUGUCCAAACCAGAUUCUUCACAACACACCCUGCACAGUACGGGCGAACUGUUUUACACCAGACAUCACAGGCUCACACUAACUUAUAGGGGGUUAAAUGGAUUUUCUGACGCAGGCUGAAGAAAUUGCCUCCACUGCCAAAUUUGGAGACUUGAUUGAAUUUUCCUACCCCAUCGGAUACUCACACUGGGGAGUGUAUGUUGAAGAUGGUAAUGUAAUCCAUUUUGCUGUUGCAGAUCAGGGGCAACUGAUGAGCAGCAUACGUUCAUCCCUACAAGCAAUCUUCCCUGUAUGUGGUGACCUUCUUCUUGGGGAGACCAAGAUCCGCAGAGUGCCUCUUGUUGAGGUGAAUGUCCCGAAAGGAACCCAUGUCCUGAUCAGUAACAAUCGCCAUGCUUUCACACCAUCAGCACCUGACGAUAUGAGGCUACGGUGCAAUGCCCUUCUUGAUGAGGAAUUCCCAUAUCAUCUUUUCACUCUCAACUGUGAGCACUUUGCCACGUUUGUACGCUAUGGAAAGGCUGUGUGCAACCAGAUUCCUACAAGACCCAAGAAUGUAGAGUGUGUGAAGGCAACUGCAACCUUCAAAAACAUUGUCAGCACCAAAGAAACUGCUUAAGUCCAUUUUGAAGGAGCCCCCUGACUAUCUGGUAUUUUCCAAUUCAUGACAAUAAUUUAACUUCUCAAGAAGUGUUAUAGGAAACAUGUACAACUUGGAACAAGCUGACCUCUUUGGGAAUCAUAACACUUAAACAUUCAGGAUUUUGUCUUAUGUCCUCGGAAUGGCAGGGAUGUUAUUUGUUUUCUUUGAAUGGAGUGAACAAUAUGCAUAUAUGAACAGUAGGGCUGCAGCUAAUGAUGGUUUUCAUUAUGGAUUAAUCUUGAUUAACCAUUGUCUGUAGAAUAAAUAAACUCCCAAGGCCCAAGAUGAGGUAUUUAUAUUUCAUGAAACCAAAAGGCCAAAUCCAAUGAAUACCAAGCCAGUUCACCUGCAGUUAUUAACAAGCUACUGAGCUGCAGGUAAGUUAUUAUAAGUCACUGACUGUAGCUUACUAAUGAAUGCCUGAAUGAACUCCUUUUUAAGCAUAUGGAAUUCUGUUACUUCAUUAAAUAAUUAAAAAAGAAAAUCAUUUAUUGUGCAUCAAUAUUUUGCAAUCAAAUAAACAAACCAAAACCAAACAACAUAGUCUCGUCCAAACAGUACAAGUCUAGAUGGAUACAGUCUAUUUGGAAGAAAUUUUAUAAUUGUACACUGAAUGCUAAACAUUAAGGAUCAUUUGAAGAUUUUAACAAUUUCCAAUAAUACAUUCUUAGAUUUUCCAUUCAUCCAUCAUUUAAACAAGGAAACACUGUGUCAUCAGCUGAAAGCCAUUCUACAGGAGUUACAGAGAGGGAGGUAGUUAUCCUGCUUCAGUGUCGGUGGACCCUUUUAUUAUACUUUAAAUAAUUAUUGAAAUCAAUUGUUUAUUUAAGUGUUACUGAAUCUUUUCCAAAAUAAUGGCAUGGUCUUCAACGACUCUGUAAAAAGGGGGCAAAGACAUGACCUAAACAAAUCUACUCAGUUGCUCUAGAACUUUAAGUGAGCAGCUAUGUUGCACAAAGAAAUAAAAGCUACUAUUUCUGAGAACUCAGAUGACCUAAAAAA